AUGGGGAACCCGGCGCCGGACCCGGUCGUCCUGCGCGGGCACGGCGCGGACGUGCAGUGCCUCGCGUUCGCGCGCCUGGACGACGCGCGAUGCCUCCUCUCCGGGCGCGUCCUCCGCCCUCGCGCGUCCGUCUCUCCCCCGUGCAAAGUCCUUAAGGAUCGGCGUUCACCACGCGAACGCGGUCGUAUGGAGACCAGUCUCUCGGACAGCAACGGCGACGUCGUCGCGUGGGACCUCACGACGCGCCGCCCUGCGUGGCGGACGCGCGCGCACACGCCGUCGUCCGGGACGCUCGCGGUGGCCCUCGCGCCGUCGUCGUCGUCGUCGUCGUCCUCCUCGGAGACGUCCUCGUCCGCGGCGUCCGUGCUGAGCCAAGGGCGCGACGGGACGCUGAAGUGCUGGCGCGCGCCGCCGUCGUUCGCGUCGGCGUCGUCGGCGUCGCCGAGCGCGGCGACGCCCGCGGACGCGACGUGGACCGCGAGCACGGGGGCGUACCACUUCUGUAAGUUCGCCGUCGCCGCCGCGUCAGGCGGCGGCGGCGCGUCAUCAGGCGCGUUCUAUACACUGGUCCCCAUACGACCGCAACGGCCCUCAUUCGCGGCGGCGGCGGCGGCGGAGACGUCGGGCGUCGACGUCCUGUGCCUUCCCUCCGCCUCCGGCGGCGAAUGCGGCGGGCCGACGCUCGUGACGAAGCUCGUGAUGCGCGGCGGCGCGGCGGCGGCGGAAGAUGGAACGUCAACCGUCGCACACGAGAAGGGCGCGGGCGCGGUUAUGGCGUUGAGUUUCGUCCCGAGACGCGGCGGCGACGACAGCGACGACGCGCGCCCGCCUCUGUUGCUCGCCGCGUACGAAGAAGGCACGGUCGCGCUGUGGGAUCCGAACCGUCGCGCCGCAGCGAACGAAGAAAACGAAGACGAAUCGCCGCUGUGGCGCGACAGAGUGCACGAAGACGCCGCGACGUGCGUCGCCGCGGACGCGGACGGCGCCGGGUUCGUCACCGGCGGCGCCGACGGCCGCGUGUGCGCGUUUAGUCUCGCCUUCGACGCCGCCGCCACUACUACGACGCCUACCGCCACGGUGACGAUGCGGCACGCGCACGGGCCUUACACCCCGAGCGCUAACGUCGCGGAUAGAGCGCGGUGGGGCGGUCGCGCCGCCGGCGCGGGCGUGAGCGACGUCGCGAUUCGCGGGGACGGGAAGCUCGUCGCCGCCGCGUGCUGGGACGGCCGCGUGCGGGUGUACGCGUAUCGAGGGAAGACACCGAAAACGCUCGCGUCUUUGGCGUUUCAUUCUGACGUCGUCACGUCCGUGGCGUUCGCUGGGGUCGGCGGGGGGGAGGACGACGGCGGGGGGGUGUUGGCGUCCGCGUCGAGGGACGGCUGCGUCGCGUUGUGGCCGGUGUUUCCGACGGCGGGAAAGUGA